UCUUCUCACCUAAAGUGUCUGGGGGAUGUGAAUUUUCAAGGCCAAAGAGCGAAGACCCGAAGUUUGACUUUCCUUUGUGAAUCAUCGUGUCACUUCGAGAAAAGUGGAGACCUGGACCUUUUCUUGUUUUAACUUUAUCGCCCUGCAAAAUUGAAAGUAAACAGGAUGAAAGAGCUCUACAAUACCUUACCUUUACCAGAUGAUCGCCCUGUUACUGCCCUGUGUGUCGUAGAAGAUCCUUCUAAAUGUCCUCAAGGUUAUACAGUUGUAGCAAAAUCGCACGAUCAAGAUUUAGAUGCAGAUUUAUGGAAAGAUGGAUUUUUCGGCAAAAGAAUCACGCGAUAUCUGUGCUUGUCAAAAACAGAAGGCCCUUCUGGUUUUGUCAUCGACUCUCUGUGUGUCAUCAAUGACAAAGAUGCCCCUCCCAAUGGUUAUGUCUUGUUGUCAAAAACAUACGGAACAGAACAACGAGCUUGGAGAAAACGCCAAUUAACAUACAGGCUCAGUGAAAGCAGCUCAGUCUUUCUUGCCAUCACUGAUAUUAUAAUUCUCAGUAAAUCUAAGAAAGCCCCAGAAGGUUUCACCAUGGGUGGAGAAAUAAAUGGACUGGUGUUAUGUUACAAAUCAGCACCAUUACCAGCAAAUCCAACGUUAACUAGGGUUUUGCCACCUCUUCCAUCAGUCAACUUGAAAUCCAUCCCUACCUCCGAUUACACAUCUUCUGGCUCAACAACUUCACCUACCCCCUAUCCUAUACAUUCUUCCAACAUCAACCCUAUUAAAUCUCCAGUAAGACCAGCCCCACUUCCACCCCAGACAAAUUCCAAUCCUUCCUCUAAUGACAACACAGUUGAGAAAAAUCAUUUUAUUGUCAUAUCUACAUCUACACUGUCAGGUUUCACAGGCUUGGAAGGGGUUCCGUUUACAUUGGGACCCAGAGUACGAAAUGGAAUGAACCCGUCAAAAUCGAAUGGGGGUAUUAAUCUCCAAAAAUCAGCUCAAGAAAUUAACGCCGAGUAUCAGUAUUCAUUUGCUACAGAAAGAGAAGCUUUGUUACGAUUGUGACCUAACUUUUUUCAGCCCGUUAGCAAUUUCAAAUACCUCUUCCAGACUCUCUUUCGCGUUUUCCUUUGUUCUAUUCAGUGAUAAUAACAUAUUAGUUUUUGUUUCCAUUCGCUAUUCGCGUAGAAAUAACCAAAAUCGUGAAGGGUUCUAGCUUUCAGACCUCUUUCAUAUAGCUGGACUUUGACGCAAGUCCACCCAUAACUCCUGGUCUUUGCUUCAUUUAUUGAUGAAAACCUUGUUCUAUGUUUUUCCGCCUCUGUUCUUAAAUCCCUAUAGUCUCCGAAUUUGUUUCUAAACUCUCGUACACGUACUAAACGAUAUGUUUGCGACCUAGAACAGUUGUGUUAUUCGCUGUCUAUUCUAGAAUUUCGCUAACAUGCGUAAUUGCCAAAUUUUUCUUGCCUCGGUAAGGAAUGCACAUUUUACGAUUUGGAUGUCUAUUGCAACCGCCCAAAAUAGUGUUGGCUCGUUUGCCCGACUUUUGUUGCACAUUGUUCUUGUCUAGAAAUGUCAUGCCACAAUUGUGCAACCUCAAUACAACUCUUGUUCGAUUGA